AUGGCAGAUGGUCAGCGAAACGAAGGCUUACCUCAAGGUGGUGAUCGUGAAGAUCUUCAGCAACCACUCUUGAAGGGAGAAUUCCUGUGUACGUUGAGAGAGUUUCGGACAUCAUUGAUGGAAGAGAUUCGAACACUCCUCGUUGAGUCUGCAUCGGAAGGACGGACUCGCACAGACUCUGAUGAAGACCCCCAUAACAUUCCAAAUGUGGUUUGGAAUGUUGGAAGUCGUCGACCCCACCACCCCCGUCGUUACCGACAAGAGCGUGCUCAACCCCCAACUAGAAAUGAAGACUUCCGUAUCAAGGCUGAUAUUCCCACCUUCUAUGGCAGCAUUGAUAUUGAAGGAUUUUAUGACUGGGAAUAUGAGGUGGAACAAUUCUUUAACCUCAUGGACGUGGUAGAGGAUCGUCAAGUAAAAUUGGUGGUGUAUAAAUUGAAAGGAGGUGCGGCAGCAUGGUGGAAUCAAUUGCAGAACUCCAGGAUAGGACAAGGAAAAUUCCCCAUUCAAUCAUGGCAACGAAUGAGGCAGCUCAUGCGAAAGAGAUUCCUCCCACCAAACCAUCGACAACUAAUGUACCAGCAAUUACAAAACUGUGUACAAGGCACCAGGACUGUCACUGAGUACACCAACGAGUUCCUCCGAUUGCAAACUUGUUGCAAUUCGAAAGAGACUGAAGACCAGCAAGUUGCACGUUACAUCAAUGGGCUGAGGUACGUGGUCCAGGAUCGUAUGGCUUUGCAAACAGUUUGGAGCGUUGACGAGGCACAGAGCCUGGCUUUAUGGGUUGAGAGGACACUAAGCCGACCAUCCACUAGGGGAAGUCGUUAUGACAUGGACAAAGGAAAACAGCCUAUGUCUGAGUCAGGGAAGACGUCAGCACCUAUGCAACGGCAGCCAGUAGCGCCUGAGGGUCGGGUUCCAGCCAAAGGGGGUGAAGUGAGUAGGCCAACCCUCAAACCCACCUCUGCUCCAGCACCAUCAAAAGGUCCUUAUGGACGUGCUGAACCCCUCAAGUGCUAUCGUUGCGGAGAGCCUGGCCAUCGCUCUAAUGCCUGCCCUCAACGACGAUCCGUGAACAUGGUUGAAGGAAUCAUGUCCGAUGACUCUGAUUUAGAUGGAGCAGACUUCGAGAUGGCAGAAGAAGAGGGAGAAGGAGUCUCUUGCAUCAUUCGCCGACUCCUGCUCUCACCCAAGCCAGCUGAACUGACCCAACAUCAUAUGAUUUUUCAUACCCACUAUUCAGUAAAAUCAAGGGUGUGCAACGUCAUAGUGGACAAUGGUAGUAGUGAGAACAUAGUUUCUCUUGCUUUGGUCAACCAUCUGAAGUUGACAACAGAACCUCAUUCUUCACCUUACAAGAUUGGUUGGAUCAAGAGCAGAUCGGCAAUCAAAGUGUCCCUUGUGUGCAAGGAAUCUGAGAUUCUUCAAGAGAAGGUAGAAGGGUUAUUGAAGAAGGGACAUAUACGGGAAAGCAUGAGUCCAUGCGCAGUUCCUGCACUGCUUGCUCCAAAAAAAGAUGGUAGUUGGAGAAUGUGUGUGGAUAGCCGCGCCAUCAACAAAAUCACUGUUCGGUACCGAUUUCCCAUACCCCGAGUUGACGACAUGUUGGAUCAGCUAGAAGGUGCUCAGGUGUUCUCCAAAAUUGAUCUCCGAAGUGGCAGAAGCACUAACGACCAUGUAAAACAUUUAAAAGAAGUGCUAACAGUACUGAGGGAUAAUCACUUGUAUGCUAAUUCAAAGAAGUGCACUUUCCUGGAAACCCGUUUACUGUUCUUGGGUUUUAUCGUUAGUGGCAGCGGUAUUCAAGUCGAUGAAGAAAAGGUCCGCGCAGUAAGGGAUUGGCCAACACCAGUCUCCGUUAGAGACGUGCGCAGCUUCCUUGGCCUUGCUUCCUUUUAUCGUCGCUUUAUUCGCAACUUCAGCAGUGUCAUUGCCCCCAUCAAUGGAUGUCUAAAAAAAGAAAUUUUCAAUGGAACGAUGAAUGCGAAUGGAGUUUUGUCGAUAUUAAAGUGA